ACUCUCUCUUCUAUUUGGCUUUAUUGUGAUCACUGAUCAGAACGAGAAACAAAAAAACAAGAAUAGGAAUUUGAAACAGAAACGCAACAACGAUGGAGAAGGAACAACAUCGAUCGAUCAACACCACCAACGGCAGCCUUGAUGAUCUGAAGUAUCAAUCGGGAUUCGGUAACAGUUUCUCAUCGGAGGCGCUUCCCGGAGCUCUGCCACAAGGACAGAACAGUCCUCUGGUUUGCCCCUAUGGACUCUACGCGGAGCAGAUCUCCGGAACCUCCUUCACCUCACCUCGCAAGCUCAACGAACGCAGUUGGUUGUAUCGGAUUAAGCCAUCAGUAACGCAUGAACCGUUUAAGCCCCGAGUGCCGGUUCGUGGGAAGCUUGUGAGCGAAUUUGACAAGUCCAACAGUUCUACUACUCCAACACAGCUGCGAUGGAAGCCUGUAACUGUGCCUGAUUCACCAACGGAUUUCAUUGACGGUCUGUACACUGUAUGCGGUACUGGCAGCUCUUUUCUGCGGCAUGGAUAUGCUAUCCACAUGUACACUGCUAAUAAAUCAAUGGACAACUGUGCCUUCUGCAAUGCAGAUGGAGACUUCUUGAUUGUCCCCCAACAAGGAAGGCUUUGGAUCACUACUGAAUGUGGAAAAUUGCAAGUGUCUCCUGGUGAAAUUGCCAUCUUGCCUCAAGGAUUUCGUUUUGCUAUAGAUUUGCCAGAUGGCCCAUCACGUGGUUAUGUCGCUGAGAUUUUUGGCACUCAUUUUCAACUUCCUGAUCUUGGCCCAAUAGGUGCUAAUGGUCUUGCUGCUCCAAGGGAUUUUCUUGUUCCAAUAGCCUGGUUUGAAGAAGAUUACAAGCCAGGUUAUACUAUAGUACAAAAGUUUGGUGGAGAACUUUUUACCGCGAGACAAGAUUUUUCACCUUUCAAUGUAGUUGCUUGGCAUGGUAAUUAUGUUCCAUAUAAGUAUGAUCUCAGCAAGUUCUGCCCUUAUAAUACUGUUCUAGUUGAUCACAGUGAUCCAUCGAUUAAUACAGUUCUGACGGCACCAACUGAUAAACCCGGUGUAGCACUGCUUGAUUUUGUCAUUUUCCCUCCCCGAUGGUUGGUUGCUGAGCAUACUUUUCGACCUCCUUAUUACCAUCGCAACUGUAUGAGUGAAUUUAUGGGUCUGAUAUAUGGUGGAUACGAGGCAAAAUCUGACGGGUUUCUCCCAGGUGGUGCAAGCCUUCAUAGCUGCAUGACUCCCCAUGGUCCUGAUACAAAGACAUAUGAGGCUACAAUUGCGCGUGGAAAUGAGGCAGGGCCACAUAAGAUCACAGAUACUAUGGCUUUCAUGUUCGAGUCAUGUUUGAUGCCGAGAGUCUGUCCUUGGGCUCUUGAGUCUCCGUUCAUGGAUCCUGAUUAUUAUAAAUGUUGGAUUGGACUGAGAUCCCAUUUUUCAUAUGAAGGAAUGAAUGCUAAAAGCAAUGAUUUGAAGAAUGAACAUGAUGGGAGUGCGGACAGAGCCACUGUUGUUGAGUUGAUCUCCAAGACCAUGCUCUAAAGUGUGUACGUGACGUUGAGGUUGAGGAGUCUCAACUGCUUGCGGAACAGCACAAACAGGAAUGUACUCUCCAGUCUUGGCUUUUGUUUAAUGAUUUACUGCUCUAAUAUGUAAGUAAGGACAUCACAAGAAAGUCAUGAAUAAUCUGGACUAUGUGAAUAAUUUGAGAUUUAUUCAGCCUUGUGCAUAAGUAUGAAAUGCAAUAAGAAGUACACUUGAUUUGCAGAAAA